AUGUAUACUGGGAAGAUGAGUAAACCAACUAUAAAAAAGAGUGGCUCUGAAAGAUUUUAUUGUCCGCAUCCUGAUUGUAACAAAUCUUUUACCAGACAAGAGCAUCUUUCUCGGCAUAAGUUGAAUCAUUGGCCAAAACAAAUUUAUACAUGUCAUUUCAAAUUCCCAAAUUCAAGUAUCAUAUGUGACAAGACGUUUGUGAGAAAGGAUCUUUUGACAAGACAUGAAAAGAGGCACUAUAAUAGUGUUAAUCGUCGUCAGAAGAAAGUUGCUACAGCGAAGAAAAUUGAUGUUAGCACCGGUUUAUCCACAUCAUCUAAUCCUACAGUGUCUAGUAGUAAUAAUAGUACUAAUAAUAAUAAUAAUAAUAAUAAUAAUAAUAAUAAUAAUAAUAAUAAUAAUAAUAAAAGUGGUACUACAGAUUCUAACAAUCAAGUGUUUUUCGAUUGGUUAUUUGAUAAUACACCAAAAAUGGCACAAUCAAACCAACUUUUCAUAAAUAAUUUAUCUACUACUCAAACCACACAAGUGCCCUUUGGGUAUCCUAAUAGUACAGCAGUACAGCCCGUACCAAAUGCACAGCUAGACUUCGCUAAAUCAGCGGCUAACUAUCAACGAUCGCAGGCAGUUUCACCACAAAAUUUUACUGAUACUAAUAUACUAUCACCAGUAGAUUAUCAAAAUCAACACUUGUCCUCUUCGAACCAAACUUCAUUAAGCCCCUCAGCUGAAUUAGUAGCUCCUAUACCUUUCUCAGCAACCGGUACGAGCGCUAGUACCUCAAAUAUACCAAACAAUCACACCACUAGUAACAUUACAUCUUUUCCUCAAACAGCAAAUUUCUCAAGUUUAUUUGCUAUCAAUAACGAAACAAAUUCUGAUCCCUUACAAACUUUCCUACGCGAAUUGUAUACAGGUAGUAGUUCACCCUUUGAUAGUAAAAAUAACAGCAAUAAUCGAUCUUCUUCACUGUCAACUAAUUCCUCAAACUUUACGCAACAAGUUACUUCAAAUAUUGAUACUACACUGAGUAACUUUGCAAAUGCAACAAAUGAACAGCUUAUUAAAGAACAAUUAAUCCCUCAAGCUCAGAACAAAUUUCAGGAUGAUUUCAAAGCAAGUAUAAAGGAUAAUAUUUUUGCUCAAAAAUCAAAUAUGAAUGAGUUGAAAAAGGGUAAAACGGCUCAUUCUAAUCACAAGAAAAAAAUAAAUAAAGAUACUUUGGAAAAAUAUAAGAGACAAUUGGAAUCCUCACUCAAACUUAUAUUUCAUAAAGAUCCAUCUUCAAAGUUCGAAAUUUCAAGAGAAAAAUGUGAACAAUUAUAUACUUUGAUUCCAGAAUUAAGAUUUAUACCAAUAGAGACUAUUGAGACAACUUUGAAAUCAUUUUGGAUCAAUUUUCACCCUCAAUAUGGGCUACUACAUAAACCAUCUUUCGAGAUUAAUUCAGCACAGGAUAUACUGAUACUAGCUUUAAUUAUGACUGGUGCCAGCUAUCUGGGGGCAAGUUUUAGAGAAACAAUUUCAGAUCCAAUUUGUGGACCAUUAAGAUGGAUAAUUUUCUCACAUUCAGAUUUCCAACCACCUUCCAAAAAUUACAUUAUUCAAUCUUUACUUUUGUUGGAGAAAUAUGAAAAAACAUGUACUAACAGAUAUUUACAUGAAAGGUCAUAUUUGCAUCAUGCUACAACCCUACAAUUAUUAAGAAGAACAUCAUCUUUAGGUGGCCGUCCUUUUCAAAAUAAUAAUGCAUAUUUGAAUGACCAGAAUGAAAAUACUAAUGAAGAAGACGAAUUUAAAAACGUAAUUUUGAAAUGGGUUGAAUUUGAAAGUUUGAAAAGGGUGGCGUUUUUCGCUUUUUAUAUGGAUGUUUCUCAUGCCACAGUAUUUGGUUAUGUAAAUUUAUCCAUUAAUUUCAAGCAAGUUCAAUUGGAUUUACCUUGUGCUGAUGAAGUUUGGGAAAGUUAUGAUUUGAACUUUGAUAUCUUGAAAGAAUUUGGUUUCUUUAGAAAUUACGAUAUCAAUAGUUCAUCACGUAGUAAAAAAUUCAAUAAUGUGACAUUUUUAAAUGCUUUGAAAAGUUUAAUGAGACAGGUUAUUCUUUUAUUUGAUAAUAAGACGGAAGGUAACGACGAUAAUAAUGAAUAUUAUGACUGCCAUAAAAUCCAAAGUUUAUUUGGUAAAAAAAUUUUGUUGGCUGGUAUCAUUUCUAUUUCGUUCCAAUGCCAAGAGGAAAAUAUUAUUCCCAUUUUAAGUAAUUACAUGUUCAACAAAAAUAAUAACAAGAUAAUGCAAACGAAUAAUAAUUAUUCGUGGAGAGAAAUCACAUCAUUUGCCUAUGAUUAUUGGCUGUUUGAAAUCCAAAAAAGCUGUAAUCAAAUCAAUAACUGCUUCAUUGCCAAUGAUAUUGUUUCAGAUAACACGCUAUUGAAAAUUUGUGAAUGGAAUUUCAACAACAACGAUUGUAAAUUACCUAUCUACCACAUGGCGCAAAUUGUUUUAAGAACACUUCAUCACGAUUAUUUUAUUUAUGUCGGUGCACCAUGGAGAAUGAACGUCAAAUCUACUCUACUCGAGUAUAACGCGUCCUAUAGCAGAAUCUUGAAUUUUGCUAAAGAUUCAGUUGGUGAUGUAACAAUUAUUUACGCUUUACAAUUUUUAUUCCAACUUUUUAUAAUUGAUGAUGGUAAAGAAGUUAAGAUCAAUUCAAACUAUGAUAUUAACACAGAUAUAUUGGCAACUAGACCAUUCAGUUUAGCAGUCAUUAUCAUGAUCGUAUGGAGUCACUGCUUUAUUUUGUAUGGUCCAGAAACCACAAUAUGGGAAAACUACAGUGAUGAUACUGAUCCAAUAACUAAAAAAUUAAUUGAUGAUAGAAAUAAACACCGUAAAGGGGAUUAUAUGCCCUUGGAAUCUUUUGAAAAUUAUUUGAUAAAAUUGUAUGACAAAUUAUACGUUAGGGUCAAUUAUCAAAAUAUUCACGAUUAUCAAGAUCAGAUAUUGGAGAAAGCCAAGAAAUUCAAAGAGAUAGAAGGUACCCACUUAUUAGCGGGGUUUUUAAAAUAUAUGGUUUCUAUUUUUGAGCAGAAUUACUGGGAUUUAGGUAGAGAAUAUGGAAAAUUAUUUUCCCAUUGUUUAGAACGAACUUUAGGUAAGAAAGACUAUUUAUGUAACGAUAUGUAUGAUGUAUAA